AGUGACCUAAUUAAUGCUUGAGAAUCGACUAUUUUUAAUCUUAUGUUUAAGACUUUAACGCGAUGAUUACUGUGUUUCUGGUAUCCCUUGCCUAAUGCUGAAUUGCUGAUCCUCGUCUCUCUACGUUAAAUGAAAAACAAUUAUACAAAAAACAAGGAAGAAGAAAGAAAGAAAGAAAGAAACAGAGUGGAAUCAGAAUCCGAUCCCUUUCAAGCAUCACUCUUCCUUUUUUGAAAAAUUUGCCUAAAGUUUCCACCUUUCCUGUUUUCAACCCAAGAAAUUUCUCCUUCGAUUUUUUCUCCUCUCUUUGCAUGUUGUUUCCCUUUUGAAACACGUUAUCAAUUAUGAUUUCAACAAAGAUAAUAAUGCACCGAUUUUUUAGGCAUUAUAAAAACGUCGUUUAUGUCACCGUCUUCUCUGCACAGGUCACUCACUCUCUAAUUAACUAACUCCUCUUACUUUCUAAGCUCUCUGCAAUAAUCGAUGGCAAAGAACUCACAGAGUAGCAGCAAGAACCAGGAGAAGAAGAAAGGAAGCAGAGUGUGUGAGAAGAUCUUCAGAGCAGUGACGAGUCCUGUCCGAACCGUUCGCCGCAUUUCCACUAAACCUUCACCGAACCACCACCACCACCACCACCAAGCAGAGGCUGUCCGCGUGAAGUUCUCUGAGACAGCCAAACCCAUAACAAACAUCGAGCAGAAGAAGACGCUGAUCACUCGAGUAGAGACGACGCUGAAAACAGACGAGAGGUUCACCGACUAUAUAAAGAUAGCGAAGCUGAAGAUAAGGGCACCGACGAGGAAUGAUGAUGUGUCGGAUACAAGUGAAAAAGAGACACGUGAUCAUCAUCAUCACCACCACCACCAUGUACCUAUCUCUCGUGUAUCGAGAGAGAGUAGCAGUGGGAGAUCAUCAGAUCGUUUCUCUGAGUACAUAAACAAGGCGAAGAUGAAGUUCAGGUCAUCUUCUACCGUCGCUCGUGCGAACACAACUCACGAUUCUUUCAAGUAUUGAUAAGUUCCGACAACUUUCUAUGAAUAAUCUUGGUCUUGGCUUGCUCCAUAUUAUAAGAUAUCGAUUGUGAAAUAUGUUAUGAUUUGAAAAUUCUGUUAUGGGUGUAUGGGAUCCCAUUGUACCCAAUAUUGUAAUACUUGAUGAAAAUAAAGGUUUGUUGUUGCUUGCUA